CGAACGCUCCUGCACAUUUGCUCCCGUUGUCUCGCCACCAUCGUUGCGUGCGCCUGGACCGCUGUCCACCCUGACAUCCCGCCGUACGGAGAGGAUCCCUGGUGGCAGACCUUUCGCCGCAUAGGCUUUACCGUUAGUGCCCUCAUUGCAUCGGACAUUUACCUUCUCAUAGCGGCGUUCCAAUACUUCAACGCUCGUAAAAUAGCUCAGAUGGAUGUGUUCAAAGAGCACAGCUGGGACAUUACUCAUGGCUUUUUUGUGCUUAUGGGAGGUUUCGCACUGUGCAAGCCAUCGGAACGUGAUACAAUGCAACUUGACGCCGCUGAACUCUGUAGCCUCAUCGGAAGCAGGAAGCUAGACUUUCCGCAUAUAUCAGAGCAGGGGGUACAUGAUAGGAGCAAAGCGGACUGGGUGUCAAAGACGGCAGCAUCCAUCCAGAUUUUCUGGUUCACGUUGCAGGUCUUCGCCCGUCUCGUCAAUAGACUCCCAGUCACCAAGCUUGAGGUCUUCACGGUCGGCUUCACAGUCAUGGCGAACGCCGCGUAUGCAUUCUGGCUGAAGAAACCGUUUUGCGUCGGUGUACCAAACAUUCUUCACGAACGGCCAGAUGCUCCUCGAAUCCCGUCAGACGUUCCGACCUCCCAAUAUUAUCAUCAUUACGUUUCAAUUGAGAACAGGGGACACGUACACAGUCUGCUCCAUCCAGUCGCACUGCUGUGGAACGCAUCAUGGGGGUCCUAUAUAGAAUUCCUAGAAGAAGAUGUGGGAAUUCAAUACCCUCCUCCAAACGGCAGGUUGUUGUCUACGGUUUGUGUAAUUCUAUAUCCAUUCUUUUGCUUUUUUGCUGCUGCAGUAGCCAUCUUCACUCAAUUAAGGAGGAAUAUUUGGCAUUUCCAGCCGGUCGGAGCUUCAUCUCAGGAUAGAUUAGUCAUUGUCACAUGCCUUUUGGUCGCUCCUACGAUUUCUGGACUAAUUCACUGCGCUGCAUGGUCUUCCCAAUUCCCAACUUUCAUUGAACAAUCUCUCUGGCGAGUACUCUCCCUUGUGAUCACUUGUUGUCCUCUCCUCGAGGCGUCUACGUUCGCUAUCGUGGCAAUAUUUGACUUUUCGUCCCUACCUAAAAUAGUGGAGGACGCACUGGAACAGCUUUCACUUAUCAUCUUCGGUAUAAUCAUCCUCAUACUAUAUGCUGUCUCCCGACUCAUCCUCCUCGUCCUCGCAUUUACCACUCUCCGUGCAUUUCCUCGCGAUGCAUACAAGGCCGUAUCUUGGGUCGAACUCAUUCCGCACGUCUAG